CUCGCGCACCGCGUAAGGAGUAAAGGACUAAGCGACCCCCUAGCAACCUUCAAUAAAGCUCCACAAACCUCACAAGACUGGGUGGAACGAACGGGAGUGCUCCCUUGCGGAGCUGAGUGGCCUACAGAAUGGGCGGGAUCCUGUCAACCUUCUCCAAACUCAUCUGGAGCAAGAGAGAAAUUCGCAUACUCAUCCUCGGCCUUGACAAUGCUGGCAAGACGACACUCCUCUUUCGGCUAAAGAUUGGCGAGGUAGUGACGACUGUGCCUACCAUUGGCUUCAACGUCGAGUCGGUCACCUACAAGAAUCUGAACUUCAAUGUAUGGGAUCUUGGUGGACAGACUAGCAUACGACCGUACUGGCGGUGCUAUUAUGCCAACACUGCAGCUGUGGUAUUUGUGAUCGACUCCACGGACAUUGAACGACUGGACACGGCGAGCGGAGAGCUGAGGAGCAUGCUUGAGGAAGAAGAGCUCAGGGAUGCGGCGCUGCUGGUCUUUGCGAAUAAGCAGGAUCAACCUGGGGCGAAGGGUGCGGGUGAGAUCAGCGAGGCGCUGAGGUUGGGUGAGCUGAAGGACAGGAACUGGAGUAUCAUGGCCUGCUCGGCAAUUGAUGGCAGGGGUGUCAAUGAAGGCAUGGACUGGCUUGUGCAAACUGUUGGCGACUCCUCAUGACAUCGGCGUGCUGUAGAUUCUUGCCUUCAUUUACGAACGGCGUACAGCAUCUGGUGGCUCCGAAAGUGCAUUUCAGGACUAUGUAUGUACGGCAUAUGCAUUGCUCGGGGCAAUGGGCGGAUGCUUGUCUCACUUUGUCAGCAACGGGUGGCAAACCUUGCACGUUACGAUAUGAGACUACCAUUAACUGUCAGAUACCCUCAGACCCUUCGCGGCGGCAAGGGGUCUCGCAACCCCCUCGUUAGAGCAGGUCGCUGUCAGACUCAGAUCGGCGGCGGCCAAGCUGGGGAGUGAACAUGUCACCUCUUAUGCGAACAGUGUGACUGUGUGGUUUGUGAAACGGUAGGAGCUGGAUCAG